CCAGAAAAGCUCGAUUUCCUAAAACGCCCGUUCGCUUGUAGACGUAGUAAGAGUAAUGCGCGCGCGCGCCGAGGGUCGCGAUCGAGAUGGUUAUAUUUUCUCCUCGCGAUUUCCUAAGGAAAACACCACGUCCAAAAUAAGGAAGAGUUUUUCGGUUCCGAGGCAGGCUCUCUAUCCUUUCCGCCCCGAGUCCACACCUCCAGGACAUUUCGAGUUUUGAGUUUUCAGGAAAAUCAAGUGGUGCCGACACUGCCGAGUGCCGCGAACCAUUCAGCGAAACCUUCAGUCGUUGGAAAUAAUCGCUGAAAAUAGUUUUCGGUGUGAAUACUCAAUUUCGGGCCUAAAUCCUAAUGAGAGAGAGGGUGGGACUGUGGGACUGUGUAAUUCGGUAAUUUUGUCAAGAAGAGAGGGGGGAGUGAGAGUCACUACUACACUCGGUGUGGGGUGAGUGCGACCUUGGGUGUAGGUGAUGAUAUAAUUAAUGGUCAAGGAAUAGGAACCUUUACCUGUAUACUAGUACCUGCUUCAGCGCGUUCCAAGCGGCACUAAUAUUAAACAUCGACGGAUCACCGCGCAGGACCUCAGCAUCGAUACACUAUUUUUUUUUCCCUAAAAAAACGCUAAGAAAUCGGCGCGAGGUGUGCUUUUGCAUGCGCCGUAAAUUCACCCUUCAACGAGGCGAUAAAACGUUUCGAUAUAUACGCGGGUGUACUCUCCCUUGAAACGGAUAUGCCGGGUUGCCACCAAUCUCUUCUCCCUUUUUCUCCCAUCAAUCUCCCAUCUCGAAAUGGCAAUCACGUAACUCUUCAUCAAACAUAAGAAAUUUUCAAUAAUAAUAAUUAAUUUCAAAAGACUUUUGUCUUCGAGUGAAGAAACAAAAUUGUGAGAAGGUUCGUGAGGUGAUAUCGAUGAGGGAGAGAUAACGUGUCGAGGAUUGAUGCGACCGGAAGACCUUACCCAAGAGGAGGGGGGCUAAGUUUCUUACGAGCCCCGAGUGCGGUGAGAAAAUUGAAUAACAAAGAUGGGAAGACCAAUGAAGAAGGGAUUGUUCUUGAAUUUUGCAUUUCUACUGCUGAUUGGGGUGCAAGUGAGCAAGCAGCAGGAGGAGGACAUCCCUCAUAAUGAAGUUAAAAAUUGGGCCAUGAGGUUCGGUAUAGACCUUUGGGAGUUUGGAAAACAAGUCACCAAGAUCACCGAAAUAAAGCGGGCUUAUGCUAGACACGGCACAGACACGGCAAGUAUAAUUAAGAAAGAUGGCCUUAUGCUUGUACGAGAAAUGGCUGGUGAAGUGAAAAACCUUAUGGAUUUCAAGAUGAAUGCUGUCAUGAAGUUAAUGGAGAGUGCCGAGCAGGCUGCACUUUCAGCUCCAAGGGAAGGAAACGCCUCUCCCAAGUAUUAUGCAUCUCAUCGACUAAAUCUAUUCACCGAAGAUGGAAAGGUGGCGUCCGGUGCUAGAGAAAUGUCCCUUACUCCUAAUCGUCACUUUGAUCACUUGGCAGUCAAUGCUAGUCUAUCAGCCGUCCUUUUACCCCCAGCCAUCAAAGACACAGAUCCCGAAGUAGCAGCAGCGAUUCAAUGGAGCGAACAUUUGAAUCCUAUUUUCGUUAAUAAUUAUGAAAGUGACCCCACUCUUUCUUGGCAAUAUUAUGGAGCCACCGCGGGAUUCUUGAGGAGAUUUCCCGCAAUAUCUUGGCCGCCAAUAGACACUAUAUCAAUGCCAAGAAAUUCAGAAACUGUUCGUGAUGUUUACGAUUUUCGCAUUUCUGAUUGGUUUAUUGGAGGAGCAACGAGCCCCAAGGAUCUAGUGAUUUUAGUUGAUGGCUCCAGUCUAUCGUCGAGUAAAAUUCGCGAUUUAACCAUUAGUACAACAAAAACGAUUUUAGAAUCUCUCGGCCCGGCGGAUUAUGUCAAUAUUUACAAAUAUGGAGAAAACGCGGAGGAAAUUAUCCGUUGCUUCAAAGACAGUCUUGUUCCAGCAAAUCCAGAGAAUAUCAAAGAACUAAAAGUGACGAUGAAUUCACUGCAAGCAGAUUCAACGGUAAAUGUAACAGCCGCUUUUAGCGCAGCUUUCGAAUUGCUUAAUAGGUACAAUAAAUCUGGUCAAGGAUCACAGUGUAAUCAGGCAAUAAUGUUGGUCACUUCUAAUACUGAAGCACCAUCAGCAGAGUUGAUAAAAAAGUUUAACGAACCCCACAAGCCUGUGAGAAUUUUUUCCUUUUUAAUCGGAGGAGACAAGAGUCCUGAUCUCUACAACUUGGCCUGCGUCAAUAAAGGAUUCUACGCAAGAAUAACUAACAGAGAGGAAAUUAAUUCAAAAGUUUUUGAAUAUGUAAAAGUCCUAUCUCGACCAAUGGUAUUAUAUCAGCAUGAUCAUCCUAUCCACUGGACACCAGUCUACGUCGGAGGAAAAAGUAGCAGAUUUGGUGCUGAAUAUCAAGGUCAAUUAAUGGUAUCAGUUACAGCUCCUAUUCUCGAUCGACGAAAUCAUUCGGAAAAAACUGCUAACUUGUUAGGUAUUGUUGGAACUGAUGUGCCUAUUGAGGAAAUACAGAAACUUAUUCCACCAUAUAAGUUGGGAGUAAAUGGCUAUUCCUUCAUAGUUGAUAACAAUGGUCGUGUUCUUUAUCAUCCUGAUUUACGACCAAUGCCUGGAAAUGUCGACUAUGAGGAGACAUUGAAACCUAAAUAUAUUGGUGUCGAUUUAUCGGAAGUCGAAUUGACUGAAUACGAUGGACCCUCUCAUCAUUUGAAUGAUUCUCUCCUUCUAGAUCUGAGACACGAAAUGGUGGACCAGAAAGAAGGAGAGACUGCUUUCUCUGUGAAAGUUCAUUAUGAUGAUAUGAAAAGGGUCACGAUUAGGCACAAUAAAUAUUUUUACAAGCAAAUUGAAGGUACACCAUUUUCUUUGGGGUUGGCAUUGCCGGAGGGCUACGGCCUGUACGCUUUACAUGCUGAGCAUGAAAUAAAACACACUAAUAUAAAUUUAACGGAACUGUUCAAAGGACACUGGAAAGUUCAUCCAGAUUGGAUAUAUUGCGAAUAUAAUUCUGCCUCAGAUAAAAAAUUUGCCACCCCAGAGGAGCGUGUCCUUCAUUUUCUAUCCCGGUCACAGAAACCGGGCUGGAAAUGGAUGUCUAUGCGACCAAAGAGUCAAAGCUCGCAUCCAAAACCAUCGAACAAGCCAGAUAAAGAAUCAUACUACUGUGACAAAUUACUUAUACAGUCCUUGGUGUUGGAUGCUAAAGUAACUCAAGAUUUCGAAAAGAAAAGUGAAAAGUCAUUGCAUAAAGAAGAGAAUUUAAACCCAAUUGCCAUACUGAUGGCUGUUCUGCAAAGCCAGGGGAAGGGAAGAUUUGGAGUGGCUCGAAGUUUUAUUUCCACUAGAAGUGGACUGUUUCGAUGGCACGAGCAUCAACAAAAUGGAGAACCCAUUGAAGAACCGCAUUUUGCCGAGACAAAUAGAAGAGCAAUGGAUUCCAGUUGGUACAAAAGAGCAGUAGAUCAACAUUCCGUAGAGGAUGAAAGUUUCGUCUUCAGUGUUCCAUUUGAUGCUGCGGAAAAUCCGAAACCUCUCGUCACUGCGACGCACUCUAUAUUUGUUGAAAAUAAAGGACGACAAAAUAAAGCGCCGGCAGCAGUAGUUGGAUUGCAGUUUCAUCAUUCAUCUUUGGCGUCGCAUUUCGUUAAUAUUACGUCAACGUGCACUGGCUGUAAGAAAACAUGUGCCUCUGAAGAAUUGGACUGCUACAUUUUGGACAAUAAUGGUUUCAUCAUAAUUAGUGAAAAGCACGAGCACACUGGAAAAUUCUUUGGCGAAAUUGAUGGCACCAUUAUGGACUCUUUGGUGCAGGACAAAAUAUUCAGGAAAUUGACGAUAGUGGAUUACCAAGGAGCCUGUUCACCGCAGACAUCUCAGGUAUCUGCAGCACCCAAAGGAAUUUCUCAAUCCAUUUUCAAAAUGCUAGCCUCAUUCGGCAGUGCACUUUGGACUUUGACUUGGAACCUAAAUUUGCAGGACCUAUGGCAACCAGUUUUGGCAUACGCUGAUUUUGAAGCUGAUAACGAAGCCUAUCCUCCGGAUUUAACGGAGGAACCAUUCGGUGAGAAUGAACAGUAUCCUGCAGUUGCACCGGCUGUCGUAACCCCUGCAUUGGCCCACAGCACUUCAGCCCAAUAUCACAAAUUCCGAGCUUGUGAGAAAAGAACAGAUCUCUAUAUUCUACAACCCGAAAGACUCAACACGAGUGGACAGAGCAAUCCAUUGAAGGGGAAAUUAACCAAUUGUCAUCAGUCAGGAUGUGAAAGGCCUUUCAGCGUUCAAAAAAUACAACACACAAAUUUAAUUCUGCUGGUGGUCGACACCCUCUGUCCCUGUCUAAGCAAGAAGCUCAGCAUCAGGCCUAUCGAAGUUCUAAUAGAAUCUGGAGCAUGUAGUGCUCGCAGAGAACGACUAUAUCGUCGCAGACCAGGGAAAUGUAUAAAUUAUCAUCCCGAAGAAAUGGAAAUUAAAUUCUGCGGUGGAACGAAUAAAUUGAGACUCUCCAUGGGCCUAAUCUUCGCAACGAUAAUAAUCCAUUUUACGUGACUCUUUACACAUCGAAAAUAAGCAAUUUUAAAUGUUUUUUUGUGAUGCGAGCUCCAUAAAAAACUCGCCUAUAUUUUAAUACAAGUAACAUUCAAUUUUUGCAAAUACUUAUAGUGUUUUGCUAAGAUCUACAUGUUAUUUAUAAUUCCGUUUAAAAGUAAAUUUCCAAAAAGCGGAAUUCAAGAGAAGAAAAAAAAGAAAGGUGAGAAAUACCCACGCACAAAUUAAUGAGCAUCUCGCUACAAUUCGAUGCGUAGUUCCUUUUUAAUAAAAAAAAAUUGCGAUGGAGACUCCGAUUAUAUUUCCUUAUUUCAUCCAGGAAAUCUAAUCAUUUUUAUAUAUAUUAUAAAAAAAGAAAGGAAUAAUUCUCGAGAGUUAAAACGAAAGUUGCAUCUAACGAAUCAUUAAUAGCUCGAAUUCUUUAUUAUACAAAAAUAUAUAUAAGAAUCUUAACUGAAGAUCAAAGAAUCAAAAUUUUUUUCAUUUUCAUUAUUAAAAGUAGGGCAUUUGUCAUCUAUUCUCUUUGAGAAAAAAAAAAUUAGCUCCAGUUAUAUUUAUAUAAAAUGUUACUAACAAUUAAAAGAUUCUUCUCAUGUCGAGUUCUUCCAAUAAUAACGGGAUUUUUCUCAACUCCUGCCAAGUGACUUGACAAAAGAAGGAAAGACUCGUUCUCCAUUUGAAGAAGAAGAAUAGAAAACAAAAGUUACUUACCAAAAUGAUGUCUUUAAAUUAAUCCUGGCGCUGGCAGCCAAUAGAUUCUUAAAUUUAAAUGUUUUUAAAUAUCUUGUUUCAUCGUUGUCACCUGUCCUGCUGAAAGUUCAUAGCAGAUUCAGAUCUGAAAAAAGAAUAACAAAUAUUAUUAAUUAGAUCAUGUUUCUUUUUCAAAGAGUGCUGCUUGCACAUUGAGUCGGCAAAAAAAAUUUACUAUAUUGUUUCGAUGUAGUCGCGUACUAAUCGCCUAGAAUUUUAAGUACAUCACGAAUUUUGUGAUUAGAUCACAAUAUUCAGUUUACAAUCCUAGUGUCUCAGUUUUAUCACUCUAAACAACAGAAAUAUUAAAAAGAGAAAAAAGAAAACAUAACGAAAGCACAAACUGAUAAUAUCGUAGCCUUUGUAAAUUUCAAGAGUAUUUCUUUUCGUACAGAUAUAAAAAGAUACUCGUUAACAAUUUGACGUAUUUUUAUGCGAUGGAAAAUUAAAAAUCUUCCGUCUUUUGGUGCAUCAGCGAAUCAACCAUACGUUUGUGAACUGACAGUUAUAUUGCAUUGAAUAACACAGGUGCCUUCGAAUAUGAUUUUGCCUAUCGAUUGGCGUAAGACUAAAAAUCCUAAAGAAAAAUAAUAAGUAAUUAUUAACAUAUUAAAGAAAAAGAGUCCCUCGUGUGCGCUUAAUCGAGAAUACUUGAAAAGUACCUCCUUUAACGGCAAUGAGCAAACAUCUCAAGUGAACAAAUUCUUUUGUUCCACAACAAGUUCUCCCAACAGCUGUUCCGAUUUUUGAGAAGAAAAAACAAUAACACAAAAAAUCUGUCAAUUCAGAAUUGGCUAAACCAAAAUCUGCUCUCGGCAAAUAAGAAGGAGAGAAAGAAACUUUAUUUUCCGUUUGAAAAAAAUAAUAGUCGAUAAAUAUAGACAAUAGUAUAUUAUAUAAAUAGUCUUCUAUGACAAUAAUUUAUCAGUAUAUUUGAAUUUAUAGAAAAAUUAAAAUUAUAAAUAUUGUUAAUUAUAGAAAUUAUGUAAAUUUCAUUUUUCUUAAACUUUCUUUUCCUCCUUCUAAAUGAAAAAAAAUUUAAGGCCACUCAAGUGCUUCGAGCAAGUCACUGGAGAAAAAGGAAACCUUGUAAAAUAUUAAAUGUAAAUUUUCGGUUGUCUAGUAAACAAACUUGAAUUUUUAAAUUUUAAAAAAAAGAGUCCAAGGAGUAGUUGCUCACUCACAAGGUUUCAGGAAAGCCUAAAAACACACAGUAUUAAAGGAAUAAGUUGAAAGCUUAGGGAAAAUGAAACUUAUAGUAAAAAGAAAAAAAAAGGAAGAAGAAGAAGAAGAAGAAGAAGAAGAAGAAAGCUUAGGGAAAAAUCUUCAAGAGAUGAGUUUCGAGCUUCUAAAAAAAAUUUCUUCCCAUCGUUAGGUACCGCACAAAUAAACUAUUAGCAUUUGAAAAAAAUUAAGAUCGAUCCUUUCCUCAUUUUUUAGAGCAAUCGAUCGAUGAGGGUGUAAAAGUAUUGAAAAUAAAUAUCAGGCCCUUGAAUAUGAAAGACGGUGCGAUGCUAAAAUGCAAAAAGAAAAUCUUUAGGUAUUAUCUAUUAUCUUAUGAUAAAAAAAAACAUAAGAAAUUCUAUUAUUGUAUAAAAUAUACCAUUAGAUGCAUAUUAUUGUUGAAAAAUGAGAAAAAUUACGAACCUUACAGACAAUACAAAUAUUAAAAAAUUUGUACAGACUCCAAAGUCUCAGUACUUAGAAUAUUAUAGUAUUUAAACGUUACUGUUGUUAUCAUUAUCACAUUUAUUAUCGAGUUUCAUAAUUACAAUUUAUAUAUCUUUUACUAUCUCCCAUUAAACAGCAUCAAAGUGGUUAAUCAUCGCCGUCAACAUUCUCAUCGUCCUUGAUAAAAUAAAAUGUCGAGUCCUUGACACCAAUAUUUAUUAUCCAUGGUUAGUAUAAUUACCAUUUAUGGUUUUUAACAGAAAAAUAAAUAAAAGAAAACAUUAAGUACCAUAUCAGAAAUCUAUAUAAUUAUAAUUAUAUUGAGAUUUCAAAAACAAAAACAUAAAUGUAAAGGUGGCUUCCAGUGCUUCAAAAAUGUCGAAGUUUUUCAAAUUGUCUCGAUCGUUAUAAUAAUAAAAUUAUUAUCAAAUAUAUCGUUGACAAAUCUUCGGGGGAAAAAAUAAAUUCACCUUCCUACCAAGUGAUAAAGAUGAUGAGAAUCAAAGUAUACUGGGUGGAAAACAAAUUACAUGACUCUUUAAUUAAUCGACUGCAAAUGUAUUCCUCGUGCGAUUAUUAAACAGUCAUGAAAUUCGCCGCCUUAUUAUAAUAGGGGACCGAAUGAAACGGUUGAUAAUAAAUCGGAAAAUUUAAGAAAAAGAAUUAAAAAAUAAAAAAAAAUAAAAAAAAAACUAUGAGCUGAAUGUCGAAUAAAAUCCUUUUAAAGUGUCCCUGGAUACUACUAAGUCUUCCAUUAUUCGUACGUUAAUGUUUAAACUGAUGAGUAUAUUGAAGUGAAUUAAAAUGUAACAUAAAUUUAUCGCAUUAAUUAUUAAUUAUUAAUAACUAUUGAAAGAAAACAACCAAGCGAUGUAACAAGAGGUAUAGCGAGAUAU